AUAUAUAUAUAUAUCGCGUCAAAGUAUCGGUUCAUCAGAAUCGAUUUUGGAGUGCUGAGACGAACGUAAGAAAUUAUUACGUCUUAAAACAUUCAAGAUAACAUCCAAGAUAAACAAAAUGAAGAUUCUAGUGUUCACCGCGUGUAUAUUGGCUGCCAUCACAGUGGGUGAUGCGCAAAUAAUCGAUAAUAUUAUAAAUACUUUCAAGACAUUCGACAUAAAAGAACUAAUUAGAUUUCAUCUAACGUUUGCAAAAUGCGUCCUAAAAUUGGGUUUAUCAAAGAUUGCUAAACCCGAGAUAUCCUACUGUAUAGCAGAAGAAAAAAACUUGAUCGAUAAAGAGGAAGGAUUAAAAUGGGAUGAGACUCUAAUAUACCUUGAGAAGCUCAUACGCAAUGAGACUAAAAUAGAUGAAAUAAAAAAAGUAUUACUAAAGUGUCAAGAAGAAGGUGAUAAGUUUGAAGGAAACAAGUACGAGCAAACUAUAAAAUCCUUGGAAUGCGGAUUGUCAACGGUGAAAUCCAUUUUAAAACAAACAAUAUCAUCAGAGAAUAAAAUAUAAAAAAAAAUUUUUUUUGAAAAUUAAAAAUUAGAUAUAAUAA